AAUAUGAGAGACCUGCAUUUGUUUAAGUCGUGUUUCUUUUCUGCUGCUUUAAGUGAAAUAGCACUUUUAUGGUUGUUAAGAGUUAGUUGUUUUUUUUGUAUAUAACAGCCCUUUAUCUGCUAUUUCAAGCACGAGAUUUCUUUAAACUCUGAUUCAAGAAAUAAAAGUUUUGUUCAGUUUGCAAUCUAUUCCCAGUUUUCCCUGCAUUUCCUCUAUUUCAACAGCCUAACUUCCGUCUGUAAACAAGAGUGUAGGCUUCUCUCCUUUCAUCGCAUCAGCACAGCCGCACAAAUCGCUCCAACGCCGAAGACUGCGCCGUCGUCCUCCGCUCAAAACCACACCGCCGAGGGCCGACCGUUUCUUGACAUGUCCUUUUUGUAUUGGUGCUGGAGAUCGCGAUAGUUGCUGCUACAUUCGAUCUCUUAGAAAACCCGAUAUUUUUUGGAAUCUUGUUGAGGUAGAUUUUUAGAUUGAGCGUAUGUUACAUUGAGUGGACAACACAGAGACAGAAAGAAGAACAAACUAUCCAAAAUAUAGCUAAUCAUCUUCCGCAUCAAGCAUGGCAGAAGACACAAGCUCCUUGAAAGAUCUUGCGGUACCAAGUGCUCAAAGUUUGCACUCAAGCAUUUCAGCACCUUUAAUUCAAGUUGACAAUCUCGAGCUCAAACUGGCCCUCGUUUCUAUGGUACAACACAAUCAAUUCGGAGGCUUACCAGCAGAAAACCCGAACUUGCAUCUCUCUGUAUUUCUACAUUGCUGUGAAGUUCUGAAUCUUUCUGGUGUCUCAUCGGAUGCCAUUAAGCUCAAAAUAUUCCCAUUUUCUUUACGAGAUGAAGCAAGAGCUUGGUUGCAUUCAUUACCAGCACAAUCCAUUACUACUUGGGAGCAGCUGUCAGAAGCAUUCCUAGCAAAAUACUUUCCUCCAAGUAGGAAAGCCCAACUCUGUCAGCAAAUCCUUUGUUUCCUUCAGAAGGAAGAUGAAUCGUUGCGUGAUGCAUGGGAGAGAUUUAACAAACUCUUGAGGUUUUGCCCUAAUCAUGGUUUCGAGAAGUGGCUUCUCCUUAAUACUUUUUAUGAUGGACUGAACUACCAUACAAGGAUGCUGGUAAAUGCUGCAUCCGGUGGAGCAUUUAUGAAUAAACCUGUGACAGAUGGCUAUUCUCUGAUUGAAGUUAUGGCUGAGAACCAGUAUCAAUGGUCAAACGAGAGAGUAGUACCGGAAAUGAGCCCAAGUAGGUCCAAUGUUGAUUCAUUGACUGUACUUGUUGAUACGGUGACUGCUAUAGCCCAAAAGCUUAAUGAGUUGGAGGCUGAACUACAGAAUCAACGUGCACUUCUUGGGAGUAUGCAGAUGAUGAUACAAACCAUAUAUGAUUGGCACUUGCGACAGGGACACAUCCUACCUCCGCCUCAAUAGACCUGGAAAUCCUACAUCCCCUCUUAUCUCAUAUUGAACAAUAUUCGUUCUAAACUCAGGAGGAUUGAAUCGAAUCUCUUGUUGGAAGUUUGUACGUCGUCAUGAUAUCACUUUCCUGGCAUGCCAUUUAUUGAUCGCCUCUGUUUGCUGUUCCCCUUCACUGGUUAUCUCCAUCACACACACACACACACACACAACCAAUUAUGAAGUAGAUG